ACCGGCUCAGAGCCUAGAGUUACAGGAUUAGUGAGAGAGCUCUCAAGUACUUAAAUCACCUCACUGGGGACUGGUCCAAAAGCUAGGAUUCAAGGACGCAAUUAUACGAAGAAGCAUGGGCGCUGCCACGGUGACUGAUCUCAAGCGCGGUAUUGUGUUGAAAAGGUCCAUCCGUUGGGCUCCUUCGACAAUGCAGAAGACCAGUGACUGGCUCCUCACAGAUGUUCCAAGUGAUCUCACGGUGGAGGUGGGGAGUAAAAACUUUUCUCUCCAUAAGUUCCCCCUUGCAUCACAAAGUGGACGCAUCCGUAAGCUACUAGCUCAACCAAAGGAUGUAAAAAUAACUAAAAUCAAUCUCUCAGAUAUACCUGGUGGACCAGAAGCUUUUGAGCAUGCUGCAAAGUUUUGCUAUGGAGUGAGCCUAGAGAUCACGGCCUCUAAUGUGGCUAUGCUUAGAUGUGCAGCUGAUUAUCUCGAGAUGACAGAAGAGUAUGGACAAGGAAGCUUAGAAUCAAGAACAGAGAGGCAUUUGAAUGAAAUCGUGAUACCAAGCAUUCCCCUUUCAGUUACAGUCCUUCAUCGAUGCGAAACCUUAAUUCCAUCGGCAGAAGAGACUAAGAUUAUUUGCAGGUGCAUUAAUGCCAUUGCUUCCAAUGCUUGCAAAGAGCAACUCAGUUCGGGACUAUCCAAGCUUGAACACAGUGGCUCUACUAAAGCAACCAGUGAGACCCAAUUAGGUUUUGGUCCCAACCAACCCGAUUGGUGGGGCAAAAGCCUCAUCGUACUCAACAUGGACCUAUUCCAAAGAGUUUUAGGUGCAAUGAAGUCUAAAGGCCUAAAGCAAGAUAUCAUAAGUCGGAUCCUCAUGCAUUAUGCACAUAGCUCUCUACUUAAUCUUACAGCUUCAUACAAGAGUAAAGGAAGGUUCAGCGAAGGAGAGUUGCAGAAGCAAAGAUUAUUGGUAGAAGCCAUUGUUUGUUUAUUGCCAACCCCAUCUAAAAGGAGCACAGUUCCACUCGGCUUUCUAUCUGGGCUGCUUAAGACAUGCCUAGCAGUUGAUGCAUCUCCAUCAUCUAGAGAGGAGCUAGAGAGAAGAAUUGGCAUGCAAUUAGACCAAGCUAUCCUUGAUGAUCUACUCAUACCCAUAAAGUCAAAAGAUGAUAAAACGCCACUUUUUGACACAGAUGCUGUUCAUAGGAUGUUUAUGUAUUUUCUUCAGUUGGUAGAUGAGGAUAGAGAAGGAGAGAGAAUGCAUGAUGGGUCUGAAAGCCCUGGAUCUACUGAGCAGAAUACCAACCUCAAAGUGUCAAAGCUGAUGGACAACUACCUAACAGAGGUUGCAGGAGAUCCAAAUGUAUCUCCUUGCAAAUUCAUCCCUCUAGCUGAGCUUCUCCCCGACCAUGUACGCCUAGUAUACGACGGACUCUAUCGUGCAAUCGACAUCUUCCUCAAGGUACACCCCAGCAUUAAGGAGUCUGAACGCUACAAGCUGUGCAAAAACAUUGACUGCCAGAAGCUCUCCCCUGAGGCUUGCAGCCAUGCAGCUCAGAAUGAGCGCCUCCCUGUGCAGAUGGCAGUUCAAAUUCUAUACUUUGAGCAGCUAAGGCUCAGAAAUGAAAUGCAAGUAGGCCAUGAUCACCACUUUGGAUCAUUCCACUCUUCACAAACUCAAAAGUACAGCGGGGGAUCUCCAAGAGACAGCUAUGCAUCAGUUAGGAGAGAAAACAAAGAGCUUAAGCUUGAGCUAACCAGAAUUAGGAUGCGCCUCAAUGAUUUGGAGAAGGACCAUGUCUCUAUUAGGAAAGAGCUUGUCAAAACAAACCCAGCAAACAAGAUUUUAACUUCCUUCACAAAGAAGUUGAAAAAGCUGAAUGCUCUUCUUUGGGCCAAAGACACCAAGAAGAUAAAUAACACAACGAAGGUCCCUUCUGAUAUCCGUUUCCUAAUUCCAAAGAAAAGGCGUUAAUUGGUUUCUUGAGAGAGAUUAAAGGUUUUAUUGAAUGAGGAACGUUAAAAUAAUAUAGAUAUUGUGGCUUCUAUGUUGUAUUAUCAGUACUCAAAAGGUGGUGUAAAUAUUAUGUUGGAGUGAGAUUAUUGUGCCUGUACUUGUUAUUUGUCAGAUUGAUGGAAAUAAAAUUACCAUGUGGAACUUAUCAA